CCACCCCCUCAUUCGUUUGUGAGAAGCAACGAGACAUCAGCAUCAUGCCCGAGCCAGCAAAGUCCGCGCCCAAGAAGGGCUCCAAGAAAGCCGUCACCAAGACCGCAGGGAAAGGCGGCAAGAAGCGCCGAAAGUCUAGGAAGGAGAGCUACGCCAUUUACGUGUACAAAGUCCUGAAGCAGGUCCACCCCGAUACCGGCAUCUCCUCCAAGGCCAUGGGAAUCAUGAACUCGUUCGUGAACGACAUCUUCGAGCGUAUCGCCGGAGAGUCGUCUCGCCUGGCCCACUACAACAAGCGUUCCACCAUCACCUCCAGGGAGAUCCAGACCGCAGUGCGGCUGCUGCUCCCCGGGGAGCUGGCCAAGCACGCAGUGUCCGAGGGCACCAAGGCCGUGACCAAGUACACCAGCUCCAAGUAAACAGCGCAUUUGGAGUGCUGUAGUAACCCAAAGGCUCUUUUAAGAGCCACCCACCCUGUCAGUGAAAGAAGCAAAUCCACGUGUGUGUGUGUGUGUGGAGGACAUGUCAAAGAGGGUUGUGUCCAAUUGCGGGGGGGGGGGGGGAUUAAUGACGCUGACAUGAACAGGGUAGGAAUGUGUGCAUGCCAGUAGAACACAGUGAGUGGGAUUCCACUGACUGGACACAUGAAGAACGGUGUCAGAGCAAGUGACGUCACCGAUUGAAACGAGCCGUUCCACCUGUACAAGAGGGAGGAGGAGAAGAAGAGCCUCUCUGUCUCUCUCGGCCUAUAUCAGGGCCAACAAGCACAUGGGGCGCCAGCCUCCAUAGCGCCGGCCGCACAGCCAGACACCAAGACCCACAGACAGACACAAAGACCGGCACGAGUCACGCUGCGGAGUCAAGCGAGGAAGGACUGCGAGAAGGGCACAAGCCCAACUACUUUGGCCCUCACCUCAUCUGGAUGACACGCUUUUGAAAGA